AUGAUUAUAAUACUAUCGCCAGUACCUAGUGAGUCUCCGUGGCGCAAUCGGCUAGCGCGUCCGACUGUUAAUCGGGAGGUUGGAAGUUCGAGCCUUCCCGGGGACGACUUUUUCAUUUUUAAUGAAUUUUUAAUGAAUUUCAAACAAAGAAUUAAGCAGAACAAGACAAAUAAAUGUCGUCGUUUUUUGUGUCUUGCUGGCGGUUUGGCAAAAACUCGAUUAUUGCCAAACUUUGACGUUAACCAGUAUUAG